AUGUCUUUAAUUUUUUCAAAUCUUCAAAUUUCUAUUAAUUCUUUUAGCUUAUCUUAUCAUUCUAGUACACAAUCAAUCGAAGUAGGUAUUAUAUUAGAACAAAUAAAUCAUAAUUUUCAAAAUUUUAUUGUAUGGUCUCCUAAAGGCGGUCUUGAAAUAUCAGAUUUUUUUUUACGUGAAUUAAAUAAUUCUUUUGGAUCUGUAAAAAAUUUUAGCAAGAAUAAUCAAAGAGUAUUUUCAAAUCUUAAAAUUAUUAUUUUUUCUGUAAGAACAAUACCUACAAUAACAAAUAUACUUUGA